GUGGCCUCGGCACGUUUCUAGGUCAACACAAGACCCACGAGACGAACAAGGGUCAUGGACAUGGGAAGCUCUUAGGGCAGCACCAGAAGAAAACUCAUGAGACAAACAAAGGUCUUAAUGGUCUUGGAAUGUUCAUUAACAAUGGAGAGAAGAAACAUAGGAGGCAAAGUGAGCACAAGAAGAAGAACAACAAGGAUGGGCAUGGCAGUGGCGAUGAGAGUGGAAGCAGCAGCGGUAGCGACAGCGACUGAAUCUGAUAUGCUUGCUCUAAAGAAAGUGAUGCUUAUAAGAGAGACUAUACAAA